GAGUAAUCACUACAGCCUACUCUCUCUCAUCCGGGUCUUCUCUUCCUCUUCUGCGCUUUUACUGUUUGUUUCGCGCAGACCUGCGGCGGCUCUCAGCCUUAACAACAGCAACAAAAACAACACAAAUGCACUCAUGUGAAGCGGAGCCGCGGCCGCAGGAGCCGUGAUUCAGAGCGCAGCUCCAUCUCUCUCUGCUGCACCUUUGAUUUUUCUUUAUUUCUCAGACUUUCCUGGAGGCACCGGGAGGAUGUUCGCGCUCCAGCUCAACAAGUCUCUCUUAUUUUGCACGCAUUAACUGUUGAUGGCUGCGGAAUGGAGAUAGCCUUGGUGAGUUUUGAGAACGGCGGCGCUAAAGGGAGCGGUGGAGGUGGCGGUGGUGGAGGCAACAAUGCCGAAGAGAGCUGCCGGAACGCGCUGGAUGUCCCACAGCCGGGCUUCGUUCAAAGUGGACUCGGAGAGGACUACAGUAAGGAGCUGAACACCCGGGGCAGCCCUCAGCCGCCGCACCACAGUCCCUGGAAGAUCAACGACAUGAACAACACUUUCAGCUGCAGCGAGAACGCCAUGGAUGCGCUUUUACGCGCGGACCACAGUCCCCAUCUGUUCGACGAGGACAUGCUGGACAUGGACAUGGACACGGAGAGCAACGAGAGGGUGCUGAUCAACAUAGCCGGGCUGAGGUACGAGACUCAGCUGGGCACCCUGAACCAGUUUCCUGACACUUUAUUGGGAGACCCCGCCAAGAGGAUCAAGUACUUCGACCCGCUACGGAACGAGUACUUCUUCGACCGCAACCGGCCGAGUUUCGACGGGAUUCUGUAUUUUUAUCAAUCGGGGGGGAAGAUCCGGAGACCUGUCAAUGUGUCAAUAGAUGUGUUCGCGGAUGAGAUCAGAUUUUAUCAGCUGGGGGAGGAGGCCAUGGAUAGGUUCCGCGAGGAUGAGGGGUUUAUAAAAGAGGAAGAGAAGCCGCUGCCUCAGAACGAGUUCCAGAAGCAGGUCUGGCUCAUAUUCGAGUAUCCGGAGAGUUCCAGUCCGGCCCGGGGCAUCGCCAUCGUGUCCGUGAUCGUCAUCACCAUAUCCAUCAUCACCUUCUGCCUGGAGACGCUGCCGGAGUUCAGGGACGAGAGGGAGCUGGCGGUCACCAGCCGGCUGGACAACAGCACCGCGCCCCGGCCGUCCCUCACCUUCACCGACCCCUUCUUCAUCAUAGAGACCACGUGCGUCAUCUGGUUCACCUUCGAGCUCAUCGUGCGCUUCUUCGCGUGCCCCAGCAAGUCGGAGUUCUCCAAGACCAUCAUGGACAUGGACACGGAGAGCAACGAGAGGGUGCUGAUCAACAUAGCCGGGCUGAGGUACGAGACUCAGCUGGGCACCCUGAACCAGUUUCCUGACACUUUAUUGGGAGACCCCGCCAAGAGGAUCAAGUACUUCGACCCGCUACGGAACGAGUACUUCUUCGACCGCAACCGGCCGAGUUUCGACGGGAUUCUGUAUUUUUAUCAAUCGGGGGGGAAGAUCCGGAGACCUGUCAAUGUGUCAAUAGAUGUGUUCGCGGAUGAGAUCAGAUUUUAUCAGCUGGGGGAGGAGGCCAUGGAUAGGUUCCGCGAGGAUGAGGGGUUUAUAAAAGAGGAAGAGAAGCCGCUGCCUCAGAACGAGUUCCAGAAGCAGGUCUGGCUCAUAUUCGAGUAUCCGGAGAGUUCCAGUCCGGCCCGGGGCAUCGCCAUCGUGUCCGUGAUCGUCAUCACCAUAUCCAUCAUCACCUUCUGCCUGGAGACGCUACCGGAGUUCAGGGACGAGAGGGAGCUGGCGGUCACCAGCCGGCUGGACAACAGCACCGCGCCCCGGCCGUCCCUCACCUUCACCGACCCCUUCUUCAUCAUAGAGACCACGUGCGUCAUCUGGUUCACCUUCGAGCUCAUCGUGCGCUUCUUCGCGUGCCCCAGCAAGUCGGAGUUCUCCAAGACCAUCAUGAACAUCAUCGACAUCAUGUCCAUCAUGCCUUACUUCAUCACCGUGGGCACGGAGCUGGCGGAGCAGCAGGGUCAGGAGCACCAGAACGGCCAGCAGGCCAUGUCGCUGGCCAUCCUGAGGGUCAUCCGCCUGGUUCGGGUCUUCCGGAUCUUCAAACUGUCCAGGCACUCCAAAGGUCUGCAGAUCCUGGGGCAGACGCUGAAAGCCAGCAUGCGCGAGCUCGGCCUGCUCAUCUUCUUCCUCUUCAUCGGAGUCAUCCUCUUCUCCAGCGCCGUGUACUUUGCCGAAGCGGACGAGCCGGAGUCCCACUUCUCCAGCAUCCCAGAUGCCUUCUGGUGGGCCGUGGUCACCAUGACAACCGUCGGUUACGGUGACAUGAGGCCCGUGACGGUCGGGGGGAAGAUCGUGGGCUCCCUGUGCGCAAUCGCCGGCGUGCUGACUAUCGCGCUCCCGGUCCCCGUCAUCGUGUCCAACUUCAACUACUUCUACCACCGGGAGACGGACCAGGAUCAAUCCUCCCUGAAGGACGAGCCCAACAGCGGCAGAGAGAGCCCCGAGCUGAAGCGCAAAGGGAGCAAAACGUCAGUGAAAUCUCAGGACGUGGAGAACAACGAGGCGGGCGCUUCGGUGGAGAAAACGAACAUCAAAGCGAACAGCAGCAUGGACUUCAAGAGAUCCCUUUACGCGUUCUGCUUGGACACGCGAGAGACGGACCUGUAGCCCUGCACACACACACCCUGGCUUAAAACAUAAAUAGUUGUGUAGAAUAAACCCCCAUUAAUGGGCUCUUAAGUCUUUGCACGGUGCAGUUGGAGGAUCAACACAUUGCAAUCCUGAAAAGUUUUAAGAGGGUUGGUUUAUAAAAAGCACACUUUAAUCUCCAUCAUCUGGGAAGCACAUCAGUUAAAACUGCGGAGUUAUGAACGCCCCGCGGAGCAUGUGAUGCAACACAGGGGCCCUUUAAUAAAGCAGGAACACCUACAGAGCGUCAAAUCUAACUCAUGGAUCAAUUAGAGGGAAACGGGACAUCAGAUGCUGCAGAUAAUCAAGGACAAGCAGGACUUGGAAUAAUUACUUGACACAGUGACGAGGAUUAACGGGACCAACCAGACUGUGUACAUAAUGCAGGAAGCAGAACACAUGCAGUAGUGCAACAGAAAAAAGGCAAAAAUAAUUUCCCUACAUUUAUGUUUAUUCUGAAAAGUUGUGUACAUAUUCCCCACAGGCUGCCCUUUAUGGGGUUGCUCUUAUUGUAGAUAAUUUGGAGGAAAAAAACACAUAUAUUUUUGAGAUGCAGACACCUGUUUUCCUUCACUCAGGUGAGAGAGAGGACCUCAGCCUUGAACUUUUUAAAAUAAAGAACAUUUUGGAUUUUUUUUAAACUGAGGGAACAACAGCCAAGAAAAGAGGACAGAGCAGAAACAUCUGGAGAGAUCGAGCGUCAGUGACACCAGAGAGUUGAAGCCCUGCCCUCCGACCAUCAGGAGAGUCGAUCCGACCGCAGAAAUCCCCUCCAUCAGGAAACGCAAACAACGGAAAACCUGCUGCUGCACUUGAAAAUCAGCAUCAUCCACCCUUUUUAGAACUCUGUGCCUUCAACCAAAACUCACCAGUGAUACUUCUGAAGCUUUUCUUCUUCAUCUUUUCUUUGGAGCAGGACUCAGAGGACAUAUCUGCCUGAUGAAGGAGGGCCUGGGAUCGUGCUGCUGUCGCUCUGCAGAAAAAAUAACAAUCGAACCCAUCAGGACAUGCAACGAUCAUUUUAACAUCCCACGUCUUCUUUUUUAUCUACAAAUCGUGUCAGUGAUACACUUCAUAUCUGAAGAAAUCCCUUGCUGUGCAAUAUCAUCGAUAUUUAUGUGAAGUUGUCGUGUGGAUGUAGACUUUGGGCGAACUUUUCGGUUUAUUUUUGUAAUGAUGUUCUCCUGAUUUCUAUUUUUCUAAAACGGUGUAAGACAGAUGAGAGGAUACGAACAAACACAUUUUAAUGGAGAGGCGGCGCUCGGCUGUUGGAAAAGAGGAAGUUUAGUUUUCCUUAAAUGCUCCCCUUCCUGCUGUGACCAGGGCCAAAGCCAUAGCCUAUCUCAGAUAACAACGGACCAAACAUUUCAAACACACCAGGGUCCCGAGCAGCAGGACGCAUUCAGGGUCUCACAGUUUGGGCCGCCGGCGCCUCACGUCAGCUCAUCUUAGCUGUUUCCUGCUCGUUCGGGAGCUUGGAUCCGAAGUAUUUAGUAUUCUCUACCUUUGUGUGGCCUGUUCUUCUAGCUGUUAUUUUGUACUUCCUCCUACAUAUCAGUCAAACAACUUUAAGUGGCAUGAUUACGUGUGCCUGUAGAGAGAAACAUGAAUGAGUGUGUUCUCCACAAAUGAGACAGAAACUACUGUAAACUCUCAAAUACGUCACAAAACGAUGGCUGUGGAACAAAAACGAGAAACGGGGAAAAAAAACGUUGAUUAGUUAAUGUUAACCAUUUUUAAUGGCCGCUGAUACACAACACAACCACCCACUCACUGUACUGUGACUGGGUGUAAUUUUCAGUAAUUUUCUUAUGAGGUUUAUGAUCAAUGAAAAAAUCAUAUUAACAACAGAUUUGACCUGACAGGUUGGUCCAUCCGUGGAUCCUCGUGUGGUUCCUCUAGAGUCCAAGUAAACCUGUCUGAAGCUCUGACCCCGCCCUAAAAGCUCAGUAAAGUCUGUUCUCGUCCCUCAGACGCUUCAUAAAUGUGAUGAUUAAUCUGAAACAGCUCUGGGUUUCAGGCCUGCGUCAGGUGUGAGGUGUCACUGAGAGGUAACAGCCACGUUUGACAUGUGCAAAGUCUUCGUGAGGAGGAAGUGAUGGAGGCACUGCCCCGGAUUACCAGCACAGUACUGCAUGCUCAUUGGCUACAAACUUGUUCUGUUUGCCUCCAGUUUUGACCAAGAGCAUCAAAAUGAACAUAAUGCUGCAUUCAGUAGGAUUUCAAACUAACGAUGAAGACCGUGAACUCAUCAGUGAGAUGCUGAGCCGAGACUUCCUCACUGAGCCAGAAGCUGCAUCUCUCUAUAAAGCAUCUGUUUAUGGAGGUGAUGAGGAACAGCCUGAGAGCUCUUAGACAGAGAGCACGUCUCAGUGUUUCCACUUAAAGCUCAUUACAGAGAAAUUCUGCUGUGAUGGAUCGAGGAAACUCGUCAGCCGGCUCCUAACGAUGGUGACGUCUUUGUCAGUCAGAGGGUUGUAAACCUGAGGACGAGUCAGACCUCUGUGUCACAUUCAGCUCCCUGGAUAAACUCUCAUUAGUCAUUUUUGAUGACUUGCACCAUGCUGCAAAAACACAGUGAGAAGGCCCAAAGUUACGCCCGAUCAGGGAGCUGCAAACCUGAGCAAAUGUCUAAAAAUCGAGAUUAUUUCCAUUUGAAAAACGCAUUCCUGGGUUUGAGUGUUGUGUUCACGCAGGCUAAAUUAAAGCUGGAGUCAGAUGCAGACUGUGGUGUAGUUCACAAAGAUGAUGAGGAGGAAAAAACAGGAGUUAAAGGGGAAACCUGCAGCCGUUCCCAACAAACUGCAGUUUAAUGCUAAUGUUUAUUUAGUCUUUAAAGCUUUGCUCACUUUGACUCUCACACAACCACACGUUAAAAACGAGGUAACGUUCCACGUUUUCACCGUUGUCCAGCGUGUUUGUCCUCAGCUGGUCCUCAGCUGGUCCUCAGGUGUGCAGCAGAUGACUUCAUGUUCCAGCCCGGACACAAAAACAGGCGUUCACAUUCACGCCUUUCAUAAAGCCCAUCGCCCUGAAAUUAGGCGGAGCAGGUGUUUCACUCCGUGCUGCCACACCAGGUUCCAGGUUUGAGUCCCAUCUCUGAAUGUGGCCCUGCCUGAAACUUGGACACUAAGUUUGACCAAAUUUGGAUUUAUUUCUGAUUUUCAUGUUUGUGACGUUAAACUGAGACAAAGAAGUUCUGAAGCUGAGGUAAACCAGCUGUUUCCACAGCUGGAACGAAGUGACGUCGCUCAUUAAUGACUCAGAUGUGCACACCUGAGUACCUGCUGCACUGACGUCUAAUUAAUGGGAGGCUUUUACUGUGAAACAACCACGAGUUAACAGAGAUGAGGAAGUGGGAGAAACGCGGUUUGAGAGUUUACAGUACUUCCUGCUUUACUGUCUCAGCCCUGCUCUCUGCAGCUGUGAACCGUGAACCCUCCAAGCUGCUAACCUGUACUGUGCUCCUCACUGAUGUCCAGCCUUACCUGAAGUCCUACAAACAUCCUGCAUUAGUCUCCUAAUACCUCACUCUCACACACACACACACACACACACACACACACACUCGGUUAGAUCUGUGAGCGCGUCACCUGAUCCAGUUUGUGCCUCUCAGGGACUCUUCGUUCUCCGACCUGUUUCACAUGGUGUUUCUUUAUAGCGGACAGGUGGGGGCGUUACCACAGGUGGUGCAGUAUAUGACCAAAAGUACGUGGACAGCAAACGUCACACAAUCCAGCAGGUGUAAAGGUGUGCAGCCAAAGAGCUGGUACAGAUACCUGUGCUGUGAACUCUGACUGCACUCGCUCCAGUUUUUUAUUCUUUACGCUGACACGACCUCGCUGACAUCAUCAGCGCUCGUUACCUUCGGUGAUAACUCAUCUCCAGACAUCGUUACCAUAGCAACUGGACACCCUUGGAGACCUGCCUGUUGAGGGUCUGUCUGUGCACGAGAGGAACUCUGAGGUUCAGGUGUGAUUGGUCCAGAUCUAAGUGCAUAGUGAUUGGUCUAUAAAAUAUGGACGUAGCCACUGUGACAUCACUGAUUGGUUCCUGAGCUCAGAGAUCAGCUGAGCAGGAAGCUCAUUUCCUCAUAGAUUUCUAUACAAUCACACUUAGGUGGAGUCGCCCCCUGCUGGUCAUUAGAAACAGUGCAGGUUUAAGGAUUCACCUUCCAGACCUGAAGCUGCGUCCACCUUUUACACUCUCUGCGACACUGACGCAGUAUUUCUGAUUAUUUUAGCGACUAAAAUGACAGAUUGGUUCUUUGAGUUUCUCGUACCUUUACAGUGUCCUGUACCUGUGACAGAUGUUCUCAAAGGUUCUCGUGUCAUUAAUCAUGGUUUGUAUGCAGGGUGUGAACCCAAAGUAUCUCAGCUGUUAGCCAUGGUGCACUGUACAGCAUCACGAUGCAGUGAUUAAAAAAUUACAAUCAAUUGAAAGCCAUCUUCUUCCCACACCAGUGACUGCACAAA